UUUCGCUGCCCCGACUGCAGGAAGGGCUUCAAGCACAACUCGACCCUCAUCACCCACCGGCGCAUCCACAGUGGGGAGAGGCCCUACGAGUGUCCCCAGUGUGGGAAGAGCUUCACCCAGAGCUCUCACUUGACCCAACACCAACGGAUUCAUGAUGGGGAGAAGCCCUACAAGUGCUUGGAGUGUGGGAAGAGCUUCAGGCAGAGCAGCACCCUGAUCUGCCACCAGAGGAUCCACACUGGGGAAUGGCUCUACAAGUGUGGGGAGUGUGGGAAGGGGUUCAGCUACAGAUCCAUACUUGUCAGGCACCAGCGCAUCCACACUGGGGAGAGGCCCUGUGAGUGUCCUCAGUGCCAGAAGAGGUUUCGGAUCAGCUCAGCUCUCCUCCUGCACCAGCAGAUUCACUCAGAGAAGAGUCCCUUCUGCUGCCCUGAUUGUCGGAAGGGCUUCAAGCGCAAUUCCCACCUCUUCACCCACCGGCGCAUCCACACUGGGGAGAGGCCCUACGAGUGCUGCACGUAUCAGAAGAGGUUUCAGACCAGCUCAAAUCUCUGCCUGCAUGAGCGGAUUCACAAUGAGGAGAGGCCCUUCCGCUGCCCCGACUGUGGGAAGGGCUUCAAUCACAACUUCACCCUUGUCAGGCACCAGCGCAUCCACGCUGGGGAGAGGCCGUAUGACUGCCCCAGGUGUGGGAAGAGCUUCACCCAGAGCUCUGACUUGACCAGACACCAACAGAAGCAUCAGGGUGAAAAACCCCACAAGUGCAAGGAGUGUGGGAAGAGCUUCAGGUGGAGCUCCCACCUGAUCGUGCACCGGAGGAGCCACACUGGGGAACGGCCCUACGAGUGUGAUCAGUGCAGGAAGAGGUUUCAGACCAGCUCUGAUCUCCUCGUGCACCAGCACACGCACACAGAGGAGAGGCCCUUCCGCUGCCCCGACUGCGGGCAGGGCUUCAGGCAGAAUGGCAAUCUUGUCAGGCACCGGCUCAUCCACACUGGGGAGAGGCCCCACGAGUGUGAGGAAUGUGGGAAGAGCUUCAGGCAGAGCUCCACCCUGAUCCAGCACCAGAGGACCCACACUGGGGAACGGCCCUACGAGUGUGGGGAGUAUGGGAAAAGCUUCAGCCAGCGUUCCAGCCUGAUUGUCCACCAAAAGAUCCACACUGGGGAGAGGCCCUACGAGUGUUCCGAGUGUGGGAAGGGGUUUCCUAUCCGCUCCCAUCUAUUCCAGCACUAUCAGAGUCACACAGAGGCGAGGCCCUUCUGCUGCCCCGACUGCGGGAAGGGAUUCAGGCAGAACUGCCACCUCAUCACCCACCGGCGCAUCCACACUGGGGAGAGGCCCUACGAGUGUCCCCAGUGUGGGAAGAGCUUCUCCAGCAGCUCUCACUUGACCCGACACCAGCGCAUCCACACUGAGGAGAGGCCCUACAAGUGUCCCCAGUGUGGGAAGAGCUUCACCCAGAGCUCUCACUUGACCCAACACCAACGGAGGCACCAGGGAGAAAAGCCCUACAAGUGCUUGGAGUGUGGGAAGAGCUUCAGGCAGAGCAGCACCCUGAUCCGCCACCAGAUGAUCCACACUGGGGAAUGGCCCUACGAGUGUGGGGAGUGUGGGAAGGGCUUCAGCUGCAGCUCAAAACUUGUCAGGCAUCAACACAUCCACAGUGGGGAGAGGUCCUACGAGUGUUCUGAGUGCCAGAAGAGGUUUCACACGAGCUCAAAUCUCCUCUGCCACCAGCGGAUUCACACAGAUGAGAGGCCCUUCCACUGCUCUGACUGUGGGAAGAGCUUCAAGUACAACUCCUACCUCAUGAAGCACCAGUGCAUCCACACUGGGGAGAGGCCCUACGAGUGUCCCGAGUGUGGGAAGAGGUUUCACAUGAGCUCCAAUCUCCUCCAGCACCAGCGGAUUCACACUGGGGAGAAGCCCCACAAGUGCGAGGAAUGUGGCAAGAGCUUCAGCAGGAGCUCCCACCUGAUCCGGCACCAUAGGACCCACACUGGGGAGAGACCCUACGAGUGUGAUCAGUGCAGGAAGAGGUUUCAGACCAGCUCCAGUCUCCUCCUACACCAGCGCACGCACACAGAGGAGAGGCCCUUCCGCUGCCCCGACUGCGGGCAGGGCUUCAGGCACAACUCCCACCUCGUCAGGCACCGGCGCAUCCACACUGGGGAGAGGCCCCACGAGUGUGAGGAAUGUGGGAAGAGCUUCAGGCAGAGCUCCCACCUGAUCAGGCACCAGAGGACCCACACUGGGGAACGGCCCUAGGAGUGUGGGGAAUGUGGGAAGAGCUUCAGCCAGCAUUCCAACCUGAUCAUGCACCAAAAGAUCCACACUGGGGAGAGGUCCUACGAGUGUUCCAAGUGUGGGAAGGGGUUUCGGAUCCGCUCCCAUCUUGUCCGGCACUAUCAGAGUCACACAGAGGAGAGGCCCUUCUGCUGCCCCGACUGCGGGAAGGGAUUCAGGCACAACUCCACCCUCGUCACCCACCGGCGCAUCCACACUGGGGAGAGGCCCUACGAGUGUUCCGAGUGUGGGAAGGGGUUUCGGAUUAGCUCUGAUCUCCUCCAGCACUAUCAGAGUCACACAGAGGAGAGGCCCUUCUGCUGCCCCGACUGUGGGCAGGGAUUCAAGUGCAACUCCAACCUCGUCACCCACCGGCGCAUCCACACUGGGGAGAGGCCCUACGAGUGUCCCCAGUGCGGCCGGAGAUGGAGCCAGAGCUCGGAGCUGGUGGUCCAUGAGCAGCUCCAUGAUGGGGAGAAGCCCCACAAGUGCUUGGAGUGUGGGAAGAGCUUCAGGUGCAGCUCCAGCCUGAUCAGGCACCAGGUGAUCCACAGUGGGGAACGGCCCUACGAGUGUGGGGAAUGCAGGAAGAGCUUCAGACUUCGCACCAACCUGGUCUACCACCAAAAUAUCCCCUCUGGGGAUAGGCCCUACGAGUGUUCCGAGUGUGGGAAGGGGUUUUGGAUGCGCUCCCAUCUUUUCUGGCACUAUCGGAUUCACACAGAGGAGAGGCCCUUCUGCUGCCCCGACUGCGGGAAGGGAUUCAGGCACAACUCCACCCUCGUCACCCACCGGCGCAUCCACACUGGGGAGAGGCCCUAUGAGUGUCCCCAGUGUGGGAAGAGCUUCUCCAGGAGCUCUACAUUGACCCAACACCAACGGAGGCACCGGAGGGCAGUUACGCGCGCCGCGGGAGAGCCUGGGGCAGACGUGGCGGCGAAAACGCGUAUGGUAGCGGCGGUCCCAGCAGUGCGGCAGCGGAGCGGACCGAGCGCUGCGGCGGCGGUGUGCUCGGUGCCGGCGGCGGGCACGCGCACCGCGGGUCCAGUGACGCACACGGUGACAAAAACUCGCACGGCAGCUGUCCGUGGAGAAAGCGCACAGAUCGCGAAGGAAGUGCCGGCCAGGGCCAAGCCGGCCAAAGCGAGACGCGGCAGCCGAAUACGCGGCAGCGACAAGCGCAGUGCCGGUGCUAGCGGCGGCGGAUGCGCACCAGACCCUUGUGGAUCCCCACGAAGUGGACUCGAGCUGUACCAGAUGUUGAGGACCGUCGCGGCCUUGUCACCGGAGGACAAAGAGAGGGUGCACAACAAACUGACGCUGAUAUUGCGACCCUAUUUGCAACGCCUCAAGCCCUACUCUAACGACGCGCGACGUGCCUGCGUUCAUCUUCCUGACGAUUGGAUUGAGUGGUGUCAGGACCUUACGACCAAUACAAAACUCAAUGCAUUAAUCUCUUGUUUUCCCCCCCCAAACAUAAUUUCCCAUCCCAAAAUCUUUGCCAGAUGGAGGAGGAAGCUGCGAGGAAGACGAAGAUGCCCUGGGACACCUAGGCAGGAUCUGAGGAUGGAGACCAGCGAGGACAAAGCCCCAUGGCACGACAUCGUAGCAGAGGCGAUGAUGUUGAGCAAUUUGAGUGGCUCCACAGCACAGGAAUACAACAGGGAAGAAAAGCCGCAGAGAUCCCACAGGAGGAGGGGCUCCAAACCCAGCCCAGGGUACUCUGAAAAGGAAAGACCCACCCUGAGCCAGGUAGGUGGACAGAGCUUCAGCCAGAGCUCGGAGCUGGUGGUCCAUGAGCAGCCUCAUGAUGGGGACAAGCCCCACAAGUGCUUGGAGUGUGGGAAGAGGUUCAGGCAGAAGACCACCCUGAUCAGCCACCAGAUGAUCCACACUGGGGAAUGGCCGUACAAAUGUGGGGAGUGUGGGAAGGGGUUCAGCUACAGAUCCACCCUUGUGACCCACCAACGCAUCCACAGUGGGGAGAGGCCCUACGAGUGUCCUGAGUGUCAGAAGAGGUUUCGGAUCAGCUCAGCUCUCCUCCUGCACCAGCGGAUUCACUCAGAGAAGAGGCCCUUCUGCUGCCCUGAUUGUGGGAAGGGCUUCAAGUGCAACUCCAACCUCGUCAGGCACCGGCUCAUGCACACCGGGGAGAGGCCCUACGAGUGCCCCACGUGUGGGAAGAGGUUUCAGGCCCGCUCCAAUCUCCUCAGGCAUCAAAGGAUUCACACAGAUGAGAGGCCCUUCCGCUGCCCUGACUGCGGGAAGGGCUUCAAGCAAAACUCCCACCUCAUCAGGCACCGACGCAUCCACACUGGGGAGACGCCCUACGGGUACCCCACAUGUGGGAAAAGCUUCACCCAGAGCUCUGACUUGACCAGCCAGGAGUCACUGAUGCCCGGUACAGCGCUCUUCGAGCCGGGACUUCAUCUCCCGUCAUGCCGCAACACACCAAAAGCCAUUGCAGCUGUGCCUACAACUCCCAUGAUGCUCUGCGGCCCCGUUUAA